AUGGGCAACGUGGCCUGCGUCCCGCCAGCCCCCGGGAGGCUCCGCGGCUCCUUCGCCAGGAAAGCUUCCCUCAGGAAAGAGAAAGAUGGCAAGAAAAAGCUGCCCAGUUUCUUUGGCACUGAAGGAGGGCGGGAGAGAGACACGACCACAGACAAAAUUCUGCAGUAUAUUCCAGCAAAGAAUAUUCCGAACCAGGAAAACCAGAAAGAAAACUUGGACCAAAGGUUCCCCAGCCUGUUCAAGAAGGGGCGCAGGAAAACAGUCGUCAGGAACCUGGGGAAAAUCAUCCACUACUCCAAGGUCAAGUUUAAAUUCCAGCACUGCCAGGAGGUGAACGACUGCUACCUGGAGCUGUUUCAGUCUUACCUGUACUUUCAAUCCAUGGGCUCCAAUGGGCUCACCUACCAGGGACUGCUGCCUUUACGGGAGCUGAACGUGUGUGAAAUUGCGAAUGUGAAGGGCCUGGAGGAGCACGCGUUCCGGAUUACAGGUCCCCUCCUGAAUCCCCUUAUCGUGUUCUGCCCUACUGAGGCAGAGCUGAAGCAGUGGCUCUAUCACCUGGAGAAGCAGAUCCAGCUCAACGGAGGAAGCCUUGGCUUGCCCUUGCUCUCCCAGAGCGCCUGGCAGGGAAGCUCCCUGGGCAAGGAGGAGCUGCGCUGGUCUGUGCAGCACAUGCCCGUGGAGGAGUGGAGAGGGACCCAGCGGGAAUCCCUGGGCGACGUCCUCUGUGUUUCCAAAGUGAAGCUCCAGCAUCUGCCUUUCCAGGAGCAGCAUGACCGGCUCUUGGUGCUCUACCCCUCCACGCUGGUGAUAGUGUCUGAAGAGCACAACAGCCUCUAUUUCAAGGGCGAGCUCCCACUGAGCGCUGUCCAGGUGCAUUUCGAUGAGAACGAGAAAAGCUCCUUUUUAAUAGAAGGGCGCCUCAUCAAUUCCAUCCGGGUGACCUGCCCCAGCUAUGACGACUACCAGGAGUGGCUCUACUGCCUCAAAACCGCCCAGUUCCGAAACGCCGACUCCUCCCUCUCGGAAUCCGAGAGCUUCUCCGGAUCCAGGCCGCUCCACGUGGCCCCGUUUGCAGGCAGCGGGAGAGGGUCCCUCACUUCCGACGGCCGCACAAACUCCUGGACGUCGAGGGGGAAAGCGGCCACCUUGGCGCACGUCUCCCACGCCGGCGGCUCCCUCCGCGCCGGCCCGUCCUGCGCCCUCGUGCCGGAGAGCAGGGCGCUCCCGGAGCCGCUGAGCCCCGGCUAUUCCCAGCCUCUCCAUUGCCUGGCACCUGCCAAGGGGCCAAGCACAGGGCGGUGUCCACGGGAAGCAAAGGGAGGCAGCAGCAGGAAGCCCAAAUCCGGCCGUGGACAGGAGCAGGGGCAGCCUCCUUCCCCCCAGCCCCGUCGCUUAUGCAUGAAAAGCAAUCGGGACUUAAACUGCACGGCCUUUCCCGCCGGGUGCACGGGGAGGGAAACGUCAUGUCCCGCUUGUCCCUUGCAGCCGGGCGGAUGGAGCGCGGCGGGAAGGGAGCGCCCGGCAGCCUGCAGCUCCCUGGAGAGGGCAGCCGUGCCCGGCUCCCCGCUCUACGCGGACCCCUACGCGCCCCGCGCCGCCUGCCACGUGCCCGGCUCCCGCCUUCUGCCAGAGUUCGUGCAGUGUCGUGGACAGGCGGGUCCAGGCAGCCCAGGGUCUUGUCACCUUCCUCUCCAGAAGAACUCGCAGCCUCUGCCAAGCAGCCACUGGAGAGAGGUGCCUGUGGCUCAGAGAUACAGCACCCCUGGCACCUCCUGCGCUCUCCGUGUGGGACCUUCUGAUGGGGCUCCUUAUUUUGCAAAUGUCUCUUGUGUGCAAGAGGAGUAUCGGGGCGCCUCGCCGCAGCCCCCAGGGGGGAGCCCUUACGACCUGCCAGACGCCGGCUACGCGUACGGCGACUCGGCCGCUUACCACGACUACGCCGAGCUCCAGAGCUUCCAGAGCGACCUCAGCUACGACAACCUGUGGGAUGCGGAGGGCAGGGAGCCGGCAGCACCCCACGUCCCGCCCGCCCCGAGCCAGCCCUUCUACCAGGCCUGA